GGUGAUAGGUGAAUAAUGAAAAAAGGCACGUCAGUCAGCCCAUCGUGAUGAAUACACAUGGAACUCAGCACGAUAGUUUCCAGGGGGACCCGCGUGGAGGUCGACCUGACAGGAUAUAUUGCUAGCAAUGGGACUGGUAGCCCACAUUACUAAUGAUCCCUUCCCCUCAAUUUACUUAUAUUGUAAAUGGAAAAGUAAGCUUAAUUUACGUUCAGUACAACGACAAUAGUCGUAAAAUUACUCUACCAUAUCUGAAACAUAGCUGUAAAUAUAUUGAUUAUUUAAUUAAUUAAUAGAAAAUAUUUUAAUCUGUUAAUUUUAAUAAACUUUCAAAUUCUGUGUCCCCUCACUAUUUUUUUUUUUUUACUGUGACUCACCGAAAAUGAAAUUAAUGCAACGACCAACGGACCAACGUUUCGCGCGAAAAUACAACAGUGAAUAUAUAGAUAUAUAGUUAUUGUUUUUCGCAGUUUCUAUUUUUUAUCAAUAUGAGUCCACCUAAAAAAAGCGUAGUAUGGGAGUUUUUUCGUAAAAACAGUGAUGACAGUGGUACCAGACUUUAUUGUAAACUGUGUAAUUGUAAUUACAAAUAUAUAGGAAAUACAUCCACUCUAAUUAAUCAUUUAAAGAAAAAACACAUUGUUCAAUAUAGUGAAGCAAUUGGACAAGCUUUACCAAGUAACGAAACUGUAAGUAAUGGUUAUGAAGAGAACUCGAGAAUUUUUUUAUCUAGUAAUAGGCCAGAACCAAGUUCCAGUGAAAAUAGAAUUUUACCAUCGCCAUCCCUCGUGGAAAUACCAAAUGAUGAAAGACUUACUGAACCAACCCAAAAGCGAAUGAGACAAAUGCGUAUAACUGCGCCAACUAAAAUUAAUCAAAAAUCUGGAAAUGAUGCAUUAAUGGACAUGAUUGUUUUGGAUUUGCAACCCCUACAAAUAGUCGAAAAUAAAGGUUUUAUAAAGUACACACAAACAUUAAAUCCGCAUUAUGAAAUACCAUCAAGAAAAAAAUUAACCCAAAUGUUAGAAGAUAGGUAUUUAAUAUGUAGUACUGAAUUAAAAGAAAAACUUAAAGAUGUAUUAGAUAUCGCAUUGACGACUGAUAUUUGGUCUUCCGAUAGCCAAAAAAGUUUUAUUAGUGUUACUGCCCAUUUUAUACAAUAUUCGAAAUUACGAUCAAUGGUCAUUUCAACUAAAGAACUUCCAGAACAACAUACUGCAGAAAAUAUUGCAAAUAUAUUAAGAACCAUUUUAUCCGAUUGGAAAAUUUAUGACAAAAUAGUCACCGUAGUCACCGAUAAUGCCUCCAAUAUGAAAAAAGCCGUAAACGAUUAUCUAAAUAAAAGGAAUCAUUUUUGCAUCGCACAUACCAUCAAUCUAGCUGUUAAAGACUGCCUCGGUAAAGAAAUUGAAAAUAUUCAAAGUUCAUAUUUAAAAAAUACAGAAAUUCUUAACGUCAUUACAAAAUGUCGCAAUAUAGUAACUCACUUUAAACAAAGUACAAAAUCAGCGAAUACACUUAGAGACAUGCAAACCCAGAUGAACCUAGAAAUUUUAAAACUUAAACAAGACAUUAAUACCCGAUGGAAUUCCACUUUUUAUAUGCUUGAAAGGCUAUUAAGAUUAAAAAUUCCUUUAUCUGCAACUUUACCAUUGCUUGACACACCACCACUUAACUUAAAUUCAGCUGAAUGGUCUAUUCUGGAAGAUUGUGUUGCAGUUUUGCGGCCACUAGAAAAAAUUACAACCACCUUGUCAGGAGAAUAUUACCCGACGUUGUCAUACAUUAUUCCAUUGGUAAGAGGACUACAAAAUUCUAUCCUCAAGAAGACUCCACAUACUGAAGCAGGCCAACAUCUACAACAAUCAUUACUGGAAGUCAUAGAUAGAAGAUUGGGUGUGUAUGAAGGUAAUAGGACUGCAGCAAAGGCAACUAUUCUAGAUCCCCGUUUCAAGAAAAAAGCAUUUGGGUUGGAAAGUGCUGCAGAAAAUGCGAUAAAAUAUGUUAUAGAAGAACUAGCUCAAUAUCAGUUACAGCUUCAGGUAUCUGAAAUACAACAUGAAUCUAAUACGGCAACAACAUCUCAGACUCAGACUUCUUCAAAUAGUGACGAUGAACUGUGGGAAGUCUUCGAUAAAAAAGUGAAUGACAGUACUACGCAGCAAACGCCAAUAUCUUCUGCUUCAAUUAUGCUAAAACAAUACCUAGAUGCCCCGUAUCUAGAUAGAAAGAAAGAUCCACUACAGUUUUGGGAAGAACGAAAACAUAUAUUUCCGUCUCUGUAUCGAAUGGCUUGCAAAUAUUUAUGCAUACCUGCGACGUCCGUGCCAUCAGAACGACUUUUUUCUAAAGCUGGACUACUUACCAAUCAAAGAAGAAACAGACUUCUCCCAAAAAAGUUAGACCAAAUUUUAUUUCUGAACUCUGUCUGCAGGGAGAAAAAGAUUAGUAAUACAUUUAACAAAUAAUAAGUAGGUAUGUACCUACUUAUUAUUUAUUAAAUUAUAGGUAUUAUUAUAAUUUAUUCUCUUUCAAAUUUUAGGGCUAUUACAUAAUAUACGUAUAUUUAAUUAUAGAUACUAGGUAGUUAACCGUAUCUACAAAACAUUUAUAUUAUAUCCAGUUAAAAUUGAGUAAAUUAAUACAAAUUAC